GUUUCAGUAGCCUUCACACUUACAGUGUGGCUUAUACCCAUGUAUCUGGUGAAUAAGUCAAUAGAUUGUUUCAUUUUAAAAUCACUUUGUACUGGAUCAGAAAAGUCAUGACAAAUAUUUUGAUGUUUUAAAAAUAUAAAACCUUGAUCACAGAUUUAGCAUCGUUUUAUAAUUUUGACUUUUCGAGCUCGUUUUUUUUGAGGGAUUUUUAUCAUUUAAUUUUCCAAUGAGGUUCAUACAACUUCGACACCGCUAUUUCAAUUAAUUACGGACUUUUCGUGAUAAACGAUGUAAACAUGUUAGCCGUUAUUACACAAGAUUGAUACUCUUCUCUAUCGCAUGACUAGUUAUAUUGCUUGUUAUCAAGAAGUUUGUUUUAGAUGUGUUACGCUCGUUAAACGUUUCCUAAACAUAUAAAAUAUAAUUGUGCUUCAUUACUUUUCCUCUCUUUUAAACAGGAUAUUGUAAACACCAAACUAUGUCAGACCAAAUGGUUGAUCCUAAUGAGCCAUCAGCGUACAUUGCAAAUGCUGAUGGUACAUACACAGCCAUACCGUUCAGUCAGACUGAAGAUGGGCAAAUGGUAUUGCAGCUAAAUGAGAUGGGUUUGUCCAAUGAAGGUGAAGAAAUGGUUCUAAUUGCUGCUGAUGACACAGCGACAUUGGAAAGUCUGAUUGCUUCGGGUGCUGUUACAGCUAUUGCUGCUGAGAAUGGUACAGAGUAUCUACAGUUCACAGAUCCUGGUAUGGAAGGGGCUCAGGUCAUCGAGUUACCAGCAGAUCAAAUGCAACUUUGGGAUCCGAAUUCCAAAACAUACUAUGAUGCAUCAGGUAUAGGACCUGGUUUCGUUGCUUUAACAGGGCAAUCUAGUGGUGUCACUUACCGUUGUCCAUCUUGUCCAGCUAUGUAUGCUAAUGCUAACGCUUUCACUAAACAUAUGCGCGAAAAACAUUUCGUUAAAGUUUACACAUGUCGUCAAUGUGAAGAGUUUUUCGAAACUCUCAGUCAGUUAUUUCUUCAUGCUCGACGCAGUCAUGUUGAUCCUAAGAAACCAAAACGAAAUCCGGCCAAUUUCAAAUUUCAUUGUGACCAGUGUAACUAUAUGACAAAUAAUGGUGGGACAAUGGAACAUCAUAAACGGGCACAUACAGGAGAAAAACCUUUUGUUUGUGAUGUUUGCAAUAAACGUUUUGCUCAGAAAGCAAAUAUGAAAACUCAUCGAAAUCGACAUAUUCACCGGGACAAGAUAUUCCGUUGUGACACGUGUAAUAAAGCUUUUUCAUCUUAUGAUAUUUACCUUGCUCAUCUUCGAACAAGAGAACAUGAACUUCGGGAACAUUUCGCUAUGAUGGCAUCUUCACAGUUGGCUUUAGAGUGUUUGGGUUGUGCAGUUACCUUCGAUAGCAUAUAUAACCUGAAUAAGCAUACAAGAAGCUGCCGUAUUGUUCGUACUCUACAAACUAAAUUUCGGUGUUUACCGUGUAAUGCCUAUGUCAGUGAUGUGGCAUCAUUGAAAGCUCAUGUAAAAGCCCACGAAGGCAGUCAAAUCAUAUCGUGCCCUGUAUGUGGUGAACGCGGAUUCCCAGGUUUCAAUCAACUAAAUCAUCAUAUUACAAGGGCUCACGCUUUGAAAGUUAAUCGUCGCCACGUUUGUCGUUAUUGUGAAUCCACUUUCGAGAUUAAGAAAGACUUAGAUAUGCACAUUCGAAGUAUGCACGCUGAAGAAAGAAACGCUCGUCAAUCGAGGGGAGCUGUUGGUCGCCUGAAAUGUCGAUAUAACCAUUGUGAAUUCACAACAAAUUCGAUAAUGUUGUUAGAUCGACAUCAUGAUCAGCAUCGACGUCAGGAAGAAGAUGGGGAAGAUGUUGGACUUGAACUUCCUCCUGCUCGUUACUCAUACACAAAACGAAAAAAGCUAAAGUUGUCCAAGCGAAAUCGACUUGUUGAUGGAUACGAAGAUGAUGAAGAUGCAGAGACUGGUGAUGGCGAGGGAGAUGAUGACAUGGCUGAUGAUGAAGAUGAUACUUAUGAAGAUGUUGGUGUAGAUGGUAACGUUACUAGACGUACUAUUACUCUCAUAAAAUCCAAUACUCGUAAAGUACAAGGCAAUGAAGAAUACACUUCAGGUAGUACAGGUGGUGUUGGUGUUUUAAACGAAAGCAGUACAACUAAUCGUCGUAUGUCUAGAGCACGUCGUCUUCCGGCUUGGUAUAAAGAUUACGAUACUGAUUUUGUUAUGCAUGAAGAAGGUGUAAUGGACAGGGAAGAAGUACAAGCUCAACUCCCACCAGGUAUAGAAUUAGAAGAUCCAUCUGCUGUAGAUAAAGAAGAUGUUCCAACAGAGGAGUGGAAUAUUGUUGUAUAUGAUGAUGAUGACGAAGAUGAAGAUAGUCCUAUAGAUUACGAAGAUGAAGAUAGUAAUGUCAUAAACGAUAGUAAUGCCUGUGAUACUACUGGACUAUUAAAUGUACAUGCUUUUGCAUAAUUAAGAAAAUCCCCCCCAGUAUACAAUAUAUAUGUACAGGUUUGAAUUAAGUUCAUUAUCCGUCAGAAUAUGUGUACAGCUCUUUUAAUCAUAAAAUAUUUAAAUAUAUGUAUAAUAAAAGGUUUUAUAAUUUGACACUUUCUAGUUUUUUAUGGCUUUUCUGUUAUUAUUUCAGAGUAUUUAUUUACUUCAUGUUUAUAUAUAUAUUUU